AUGAUUCUGCUACUGCUGCCACUUCGAGUUGUAGCAGGUGGUAUGAAUUCUAUGGUCGAGCAAGGUGGACAUACACACAAGUGCAAUGGUGCUUUGCGCAACAGAGCUCUUCAACAGUUAUUACUCAGGAGCAAAGAAAUCCACAGUAUUACUGGGGGGGGUGCUUGGUAUAAUGGCAAUAGACGCAAGUUGAGCUGGAGAGCCAAGGGUACGAUAGUUGGCCAGCCCGACUUCGACUCAGGCGAAAAUUCGAACGACGGUCCCGCCAAGAAGGAGAUCUACACAUAUCAGACCAAACUCUCGGCUGGAACUUACGAUGUCCGCUUGAACUACUAUCAGGAAGGCCCCUACUGGGACGCUGAUGCUGCCAUUGAUCAAAAUGUGCAAUUCCAAAUACCUCUGGGAGAGUAA